GCAAACCUGGAUUAGCCACACGGCAAAAUGUUUUCACGUUUUGAACUCUGGAGUUUUUUUGCGUUGAUAUUCUUGAUUAUUAGCGGGGUUGUUUCUUACUAUACGUCGCGAAGAUGUUACGGAACCGGUGACUGCCAUUUGUUCACCAAAAACCAGGAUGGUGGUUUCGAAGAUGCGCAGCACCAGUGGCUAGUGGAAUGCAAUGAUGGAGAAGGAGCGGUUGCUAUCCGGGACGAUGACACCCAUUUUGAAGGCAUUUCCGGCGUAUGGUGCUCUUUCCUGUUCCCAUUGAAGGAAUCGACACGAGGAUCGUAUCCAUACUACCCUUCCUGUGUCACUCGCAACCUAUCUGCCGGAGAAUACCAUUGCCGGAAUGCGGAACAGCUGGAUGAUGCUAACACCACUCAUGAUCAGCUUUUUGUAACCGGAGUUUAUAAGGAGCCCGAUGAUCAACGUGUCUUCAUACCAUCUACCAUGAAAUGCUGUGAGACACCGAAAGGCUACCAGAUUGAUCACACUCGCUGCUAUUACAAGAAGACCUUUGACAGGUUUGGAGAACACUAUACCGGAGAGUGGUUGGUAAAAUGCGACACACACCAUGUCGUCACCGGGAUUGGAAAGGAUGUGAAUCCUUGGGAUAAUAAAGAGCAUUUCACAUGGAUUCAGUGCUGCCCGUUCACUUACGUGAGUGCCCCGGUUGCCACCUAUUCGUCAGUUUCCGGAUCGGUAAAUCCUAAUGCGGCGUUGGUCGAGCAGCUUACUGCAGUGGCCGGUUUAACCAAUCUAAACGACCCGAAAUACAUGACUUUCCUGUCGUCGGAUCUGCUCAACUACAACAUGCCAACUGGUCUUGAAGCGGACACAACGGCAGCCAAAGAUCGCGACACAUCGCCGCUGAUCGGUAUGGCCCGUGUUGACAUCCCAUCGGAAGCCAUUCCCCAACGUUACCGCAACAGUCCGGUAUUUGACCCGGCUUACAUCCAGAGCCGCAGUGGAGUCGAUUCGGACAAGAUGGGGUACAAAUACUCUACGGGUACACUUCUAGCGGAAUUACUACGGAAGCAGCAGUUUGACCCCGACCAGAAGGUGACUCCGUUGGGCUACUUAAACCCAUCAAUGGUCGGAGUUCCAAGUUCAACAAGUGCGCACACUGGCUACGGGGGAUUUCCGGCGGAUUAUUAUUUAGGAUUGAAUCAGUAUCCGAAUAUGCUAAAGCAAAUGCAACAGCUAGCUUGGAUGAAUUUAACCGGACAGAAUUUUUCUCCCCCCACCACGACGCCGGAACCGAUUCAACAUAGCCAGGAGAUAUCGGCCAUCCAGCAUGCGGCUAAUGUGGCGGCGUACAAUCAGUUUUUGUCCACGUUCAACCAGCUGCUCCAUACAUACCGCGACCAAAAACUGAAAGCCGAAACAGAGCGCAAUAAUAACGAGCAAAGAACAUCCGUGACAUUUCCCGGAAACCAAAGGUCGACCUCCGCGACAAAAUCCGAUAUUAUGCCACCGGUAGCGGAACUCCGUACUCUGACCGCAAUAAAUCCCAACAUUAAUCCACUCACAACCGGAAUCGAAGACGGCAUUCAGCAAAGUCACCCAAUAUCCGCACGCCAUCAUUAUGUACCGUUUCCGCUGCCUUCCGGCUUGCAGAACUACCUGUUGCUGGCCUCAAGAAAUCCAACUGCCGCCUUAUCACAAAUAUACGCGGACGAGCAGCUUCCUAUUCCGACCAGUGACGCAGUGGAUCCCUCCCAAUAUGUACAACAAUAUUUCCCGACAACACCGGCGCCGAAGACCACCUCAUGGAAAAAUUUAUCAGGAUUGGAGCAGCUAUUUUUUAGCAAACCAAACAGUGGCAAUGGGUUUGCGCAGAAGCCGGUAGGACCGGAUUUUUCCCGACCCAUAACACUGGACGCGCAGUUGGCCAACAAAUGGUUGGAAGCGCUGUUAUUCAAACAGACUCCCGGAAGCGGAGUUGGCGGGCAUCUGCAACUGGCACCGGCGCCCUUGGUGACAGUGCCGCACUACGAAGGCUCGUUGGUUUACCAGAUGCCGGUAUCGACCGUGGCUCAGUUUGCAACCUCCACCACAGCCAGUCUUAAUGGUACCUACCUCUCCAAAGGUGAAACGACUUCGACUUAUCCAACUAUUUCCAAUACGACAAGUGUCGCAGCUUGAAGUCAGUCACUAGCGAAGCGUUAGGGUAUCACUGCCCAUUCCAGCCCGUUCCAGGCGCAUUGGUAUCUGUAGUUGUAGAUAGUGCUCAUUGCUCAAGACGGUUGCAGCACAUACUACUCAAGACGCUCGAGUGCUUAUUUGGAUUUAUUAAUCCAAAGGACUAUAGAAUUCCAGUUUAUUCCAGAGGCUGCUGGCAUGUCAUGGCUGCCAUAGUAUUUGUUCCUCCGUGUUGUAUCUGCAAGCGCGACUACAGUACUCGUGCAUUACUUGUGCUUGGCGGCAUUAAUA